AGGCGAUCGGUGGGUGGCCACUGGGAGACAACCGCUAAGAAGUGGGUGUUGGGUGGGGGUCUGGUCAGUAUGCUGGUUCUGGAAGAUGACACUUUUGGGCCACUUUGGGUGCCAGUCGACGUUGGUCUCCCGAGCGGUUUGGUUGCAAGUGCUCCCAAGUGGAAUCCGCAAAUAGCCAGACUAGAGAGUUCAGAGUCAGAGUCUUUGAAGGGUGAUUAAGUGGUGGAUGUUCUAUUCUUGAUUGGUUCCUGCUGGACAGAGUUGAUUGGUUUCUUAUCCUUUCCGGUGGCAAGUUUAUUGAUUGGCGAUUGACGCUCUGUGGGUGAUCUCUAUAGAUAAAGAGCAUUGAAUCCAGAAGAUUAGAAGAAGGCAUCAGUGAAUUAUUGCCGGUGAUAAAGCGUUGCUCAGUGCAGUUCAGAUUACUGUGAAUUAAGGUGGAAAAGCGAUUCAAAUCUAUUGGAGUAGGUAUCUAGUUAUCGGUGAAUCAACGGGGUGGUGAUUGAUUAGCAUACGAAUGCAAUAAAUAAUAAUUGCUUGGAACGAGCGUGCACCAAGAGUGAUUUGAAACAUAUACCAGAGGCAGUUAUAUGGUUUUGUAUGGCACUCAAUUGACCGAGAUAGGCAGUGUGAUUGUGCAUAAAAAUAAAAGUGUCACCCGCCGGAGCAAUCUACCGGGAGUGUUGUGCGCCAAUCGAGCUCUGGUUUCGGAUCAUUUGGACGGACUUCAUGUGAGACUAGCUACACCAUUAUGGCAUUCAAAUGAGGAUUGCACCGAUGAAAACUGCCGCGUCACACAGCACUAGGGGUGUGAUUAACUAAUUGAUCCACAGAAUCGACGACGGGGCUCAGAGCGGGGAGGCCACAUUCAUUGACGCCUUUGACAGUCAUCGUCUUCAUAUCACUCACAAGCCCCCACCCCUCCUCCGCCUUAUCCCGGCCAGCAUCGAGGGGUUCUCUUCGCCCGGUCCCACAUAGCCCGCAUCCCAGCAGCUAUGUACGGACUGCUGCUCGAGAAUCUUUCCGAAUAUGUGAAAAGCGUUUACGGUGAGGAAAAGUGGGAUGACAUCCGCCGACAGACCGGCAUCUCAUCGCCUUCGUUCAGCGUGCAUGAUGACUACGAUGAAAAUCUGCUCAACCAGUUGGCGGCGAAGGCGCAAGAAAUCCUCGGAAUUUCGGAACGUGACUUCAUGGACCAGAUGGGAGUCUACUUUGUGAACUUCGUCAGCCAGUACGGUUACGAUCGGGUGCUAUCGGUGCUGGGCCGGCACAUGCGUGACUUCCUGAAUGGGCUGGAUAAUUUGCACGAGUAUCUCAAGUUUUCCUACCCGUUGAUGCGUGCACCGAGCUUCAUUUGCGAAAACGAAACCCGCCACGGCCUAACGCUGCACUAUCGCACCAAGCGCAAGGGAUUCGUCUUUUACACAAUGGGACAAAUUAGAGAGGUGGCACGUCACUUUUACCACAAAGAAAUGCAAAUUGCCCUGGUCAAGUCGGACCUGCUCGGGGAAACCAAUCACUACACGUUUCAGCUGACGUUCGACAACCGGGCCUUUUCGCUGGCAACACUGGCCAUGACGCGGGAGGAGAAGCACUUGCCCAUCAGCGCGUCCGUUUUGUUCGAGAUUUUCCCGUUCUGCAUUGUGUUUGGCGCAGAUAUGGUCGUGCGUAGCAUAGGCAACUCUUUAAUGGUCAUCAUCCCGGAUCUCCUUUCGAAGAAGAUCACUGAUUGGUUCGAACUUAGACGUCCCCUGAUAGCUUUCAAGUUUCAAACGAUACUCAACCGCACAAACAACAUCUUCGAACUAGUCACCAUGGAAUCGGUCAAGAAGCGACCGGAAAACCAACGAAAGACUGAAAUCUUCCUCAGCGACCAGGAACAGCAGGAGGAAGUGGAGAAACAUCUACGGCUCAAAGGUCAAAUGAUCUACAUGGAAAACUGGCGCAUGAUAAUGUUCCUGGGCACGCCGGUUAUGCCCAAGCUGUCCUCGCUGAUCAGCACAGGGCUGUACAUAAACGAUCUGUCGAUGCACGACUUCAGUAGGGAUCUCAUGCUGGCCGGAACCCAGCAAUCGGUGGAGCUUAAGCUAGCACUGGAUCAGGAGCAGCAAAAGUCAAAAAAGUUGGAGGAAUCGAUGCGCAAACUGGACGAGGAGAUGCGCCGUACCGAUGAGCUGCUGUAUCAGAUGAUACCAAAACAGGUGGCAGAUCGGUUAAGGCGGGGCGAGAACCCAAUCGACACCUGCGAGAUGUUCAACAGUGUGUCGAUUCUCUUCUCGGACGUGGUCACGUUCACCGAGAUCUGCAGUCGGAUUACUCCGAUGGAAGUGGUAUCGAUGCUGAAUGCUAUGUAUUCGAUAUUCGAUACGCUGACGGAGAGGAACAAUGUAUAUAAGGUUGAAACUAUUGGUGAUGCAUAUAUGGUGGUUUCUGGUGCUCCUGAAAAGGAACAAAAUCAUGCUGAAAAAGUUUGUGAUAUGGCUUUGGAUAUGAUCGAAGCGAUUACUGAUCUUAAGGACCCUUCUACUGGAUCCCAUUUGCGGAUACGAGUGGGAGUUCACUCUGGUGCUGUUGUGGCGGGCAUCGUAGGGCUCAAGAUGCCUCGCUACUGUCUCUUUGGUGAUUCUGUAAAUACGGCCUCCCGGAUGGAGUCUACUAGUCAAGCGAUGAAAAUUCACAUAUCACAAUCAACGAGAAAUUUCUUGCCUUCAAACUAUCACGUUUCCGAGCGGGGUGAAAUCGACGUUAAGGGGAAGGGAACGAUGAAGACGUAUUGGCUGGACCAUAAAGAGAACCGUCCUCCGUUGCAACUUUUGUCGGAAGAAAUCAGACAGCCUUCGAUUGAGUACAUCGAAUCGAGCAAAGAUCGUCGAGUAAGCAUAUCAACCUAUAGCGUUCCACACAAGCAGUCAAGUGGGGGUUUGAGCUCCAUUGGUACGGAAGAUCGCCGUGUCUACUCGCCAGUUACUUUUGAGGACGUAGCGAGGCGAAGUACUGCCAACUCUCCGGUUAAGCUGCACAGCUUCGGGCCCCGUGGUCGCGAAAAUCGAUCCAACUCGACAGGUCACGCUUUCAUGCAGAGUGUUUCAGAUGUUUUUGGAUCAUUGGUCAGUGAUACGGAGGAGUUUCUGGAGGAUAUGCAUCAUCGGAAUUCUCUCAGCAAUACCAACUAUACACCGUCAACUCCUUCAUCGUGUGCGUUCAGUCCACCACCGGCUUUCAGAGCGAAGUCCAAGCAUUACGUGCCGGGACAAUUCUCAGAAGAGGAGCUGGAUCUCCUCUCGAAUACAACGAAUUCUCCAUCGGCUCAAAGCUCUAUCGAUCAUACCGAUGCAAUUAAGAAAUCGAAUUUGCUCAGUAAACCGCAGAACGUCUCCGUCUACGAUCAGCAGAAAGCCAAAAGCCGAAGAGCCAAGCUGGACAGCGUGCAGCAGAAGCAAAACGAAGCUCUUCAGAAGCUGGACAAGAUGGUUCAGGAGAUCUACGACACUGAUCUGCCGGGAAUGUGUUUCAUGAAUCCACCCGCCUCCAGGUCGGAUGGUAACAUUUGCAAGUCCAACUGUAGUAGAUCUCAGGCACCUCCUCCUCCUCCUUCUGGUGCUGCUGCUGCUGCGACUGCAGAAGCUGUUUCUCAGCCAGCGCCACCUGUUUGUGAGCACACGCGAACCCUUCCGCAGCACUGUCAUAGCUGCGGUGGCUCGACUCCGGUUGGUGGCACCGGUCCCAGCAGGGUGCCCCAGAGUAUUAGUUUCACCCACGCGAAAGAGCACAAAUGCUGUCCGGGCUAUGCGGCCAUGGCUCAUCACCACCAGAACGGGCGCCACCACAAAGUGCACUCCAAUGCUUGUCAGUUGCUCUAGAGCUUGGGGAGGGGCUUGCCGGCUGUAAAGGGUCGUCGGCUGGGCGGCGGUCUUCGUCCUGGGCAUUGAGAUAUCUGGCAUAUCUCGACGAUGGAGGGAGAUCCGUGGCUUUAGUUUUUAUAGGCUUAUUUAUUUUUUACUUUAAGACUAGAGAGAGAGUGCGUGUAUAUAGUGAACUGUAUGAAUGGCUGGCUAGUUCUGUUCAGACGCUUAGUAAUAGGAUUGUGUAGUGAUGGCUAGAUGGCUGCGAUUCAAACCUUGGAACUAUUACCAAUUGGUUGAUGAAAAUGAUCUUGACCCUGUAAACACAAACCCGUUUAUGAUAUCGCAUAAGAGUACAAAAGUGGAGGCCAUUAGAUAGCGUGCAAAAUGUAUGUAUAUCGCCUCCUCAUUUGUACUCUUAUAUCCUAUUGCACACGAUCUUGUAUUUACUGGGUACUCUCGAUCUCUUCGAUCUUUUAUACUAUGCAUGACAAAAUACUUAGUAUUUUAGCUUACAACACCAUUUUAGACAGAUUGAGUACUAGUAGUGAGUGGACUUUUUUCUGGAAUUCACUUGAUUGGUUAUUUGUAAUAACCGUGUAAAAUUCCUUAAUGUUUUUAUUCUGAGCUUCAGAAUAAAACUAUGAUCGAUUUUCUCCGAGCAUUAUACUGGGCUUCGUGGCCUUUCGGUUAGCGUCUAGGCGUAUUCUG